GCCAAUCAGAGCAGGCUGAGGCGAGACACCGCCAAGAUCAGAUUGUGAGAGGCGCUGCUGUGAGCUGGGCUAGUAACAGAGUGCAUUUGCUAACUUGGGAAGUACACCGGAAUCUGAAGAUUGAGUGAUAUAAUUUUUUUAAAAUCCUGACACAGAACUCCUUUUGGUCCUUUGGGAUCAUGGCUAAAGAUGCUGGUCUAAUUGAAACAAAUGCAGAGCUGAAAGUUUUCAUCGAUCAGAAUCUGAGCCCUAGCAAAGGUGUUCUGUCCUUGGUUACUGUCCAGCCUACAGUUGCUCCCAAACAGCUUCUACCCAAAACCCUCGGGCCGUCUAAUGUGAACGUUGCUGCACACAUGCAGCAUGUGCCACACAUGGUGAUUGGAACGCCGCAGAGGCCGACGGUAUCGAACACCAUUCUGGUAAACAGUCCACACACGCCCAGCUCCCAGUUCCUAACUCAGACCCAGCCCGCUGAUGCCUCGCCCUGGUCGUCAGGAAAGCGGGGUAAAAAAGGGGAGAAGAAUGGAAAGGGCCUGCGGCAUUUCUCCAUGAAAGUGUGCGAGAAGGUGCAGAAGAAAGGAGUCACCACCUACAACGAAGUGGCAGACGAACUGGUGGCAGAAUUCAGCUCUUCAGACAACCACAUGUCACCUAAUGACUCGCACGUUUAUGACCAGAAAAACAUACGGCGGCGUGUUUACGACGCGCUCAAUGUGCUCAUGGCCAUGAACAUCAUCUCCAAAGAGAAGAAAGAAAUCAAGUGGAUUGGCUUGCCCACCAACUCCGCACAGGAGUGCCAAAACCUGGAGGUGGAGAGACAAAGGCGGCUGGAGAGGAUUAAGCAGAAACAAUCACAGCUGCAGGAGCUCAUACUGCAGCAAAUAGCCUUCAAGAACCUCGUUAAGAGGAAUAAAGAGACAGAGCAGCAAGCAAACAGACCCCCACCUCCAAACUCCAUCAUCCAUCUUCCAUUUAUUAUCGUCAACACCAGUAAGAAGACCGUCAUCGACUGCAGCAUCUCCAACGACAAGUUUGAGUAUUUGUUCAACUUCGACAGCAUGUUUGAGAUCCACGACGACAUUGAGGUGCUAAAGCGCAUGGGCAUGGCCUGUGGCUUGGAGGUGGGGAAGUGUUCUCCUGAAAACCUAAAAAUUGCACGAAGCCUUGUGCCAAAAGUCCUGGAUCCUUACGUUAUAGAGAUGUCAAAAGGCCCCAUCAGCAACGUCUACAUCACUGGAGGCUCUUCUGCCAAUGGAGGUCGUUACACUGCAAGUGACGGCUGCACUGACGGCACCAUGGCGUCCAGCUCAAACGACUCUCACUACAGCGGGUCUCGUGUUGAGACCCCCGUCUCUUACAUGGGGGACGACGACGAGGAGGAUGAGUAUGAGGAAAACGACGACGAAGACUAACCCUCCCACAGCUCGCCACUCCAACGAGUGCAGUCCUUCAAACCACAGCCACCAUGGGAAUCGAAUCCCCCCUUUUUUUCGUGUGUGCUUCUUGAACACCCCCAGCCCCCCCGUCCCUGUGUCCCACGCCUGUAUUUCUGUCUGGCUUUCUCAGGGCUGUAGAUGAAUAUUGAACAAGCAGAGGCAGCGCUCUGCUCCCGAAUCACGUGCACCUGCACCACAGCUCUGGGGGGAGGUGCGAUCCAAGGGAACUGUAGGCUUUUUCGUUUUUCCUAUUUUUUUUUUGGUAUUUUUUUGUUGUUUUUUUUCUUUUCUUUUUGACUCUGCCACCUGAAGUCUUUGUACGUCUAAUCCUGUUUAUCAAUAAGCCAUCCCACUAUAAAAACACACUGCUGUUGGAGAAUGUAAAAUGUACCUGUUUAAAUAGUUACUCUUUUAUUAUUUUGCUAUUAACCUUUGGCAGACAGACAUUAUGAUCAAAAUGUUCCCUAAUAUGUCUGCGUUAACGUGCUGUUAGUCACCUCCGUGGGUCUUGGAACGGCGUCCCUGGUCGGGACUCCGUCCGACCCGUCAGUACAUUUUCGUUUUGUGUUCUGCACAAUGAUUUAAAAUAGUUUCCCAUUGAGUUGGGUUGGCUUCCUCCUGUUUUGUAGGCAGCUGCUUUCUGAUCCUGUUUGCUAGUUUUGUUUUGUAUCUGUUUGUUUUUAUUUUAUUUUAUUUUAUUUUUUUUGUAUUUUGGAGUUGAGGAAUUUUUCACCGCCGCCCUGUUGACGCCUCGGUAGUGUUUACAAAACAUGGCAGCAGCGAGGUAAAGACUCAUAACCCAGGCUCCUGAUAGGUAAAUAAGCUUUGUUUGUUAAUUAAGUAUAUAAAUCCUACAAAGAUUGUAGCUUAUAGUAUCCUUUAGAGGCCAGUGGUUAAGAUAGACCUUUCAAAAAUUAUUGAUGUAACACAAUGUGUGGUUGUAUAGAUCUUUGUGUAUUCCCUUCAAAGAUCUCCCUUUUAAAACUGAGCAACACAUGUACUGACUCUUCCAAAUACCUUUUCUGUAAUCUAAUAUAAGUUUGCAAAUUAAAAUAUAGAUUGUUUUAAUAA